AGUUUUGUCAAUGCACAGCUUGGAUAACAAAUGCAGGGCAAGUUCUAAAGAGUUCCAAAAAGAGCAGAGGUGGGUGACAGCUAAAUGGUCAAAUACUAGCAGGUUAGAAGAUCACAGUCUGGUGUCAAUAUUAAACAAAGCAAGGAGGAUUUGGUGCAAAUGUAUGGCUUCAGAAAGGAAACUGAAAAGUGGCGCUGAUGGACCUGAAGCACUGAACUUGAUUACAUGAAGUGGAGGCAGGAAGGACAUCAGGAGCUGGAGCAACUAAUGGGCUGUAGGGUGAGUGUGGCUUGCCUGGGAAAUGAAUUGUGCACAAUUCCUCUGGAUCAUCACUGCCUGAUACAAGACAAGCCAGAGAUCAUGAAUCAGGCUGACAAGAUUUCGUCUGGAAUUUUGGCUGGUGGGCUAAGUGAGCCAGAAGAGCUUGCUUCAAAUUCUCACACAUUCAAGAGCAAGAACUUCAAGAAACCCAGAGCUUGCAAUACCUGCAAACAAAUCAUUGACCAGCAAGGCGUUUCAUGCAGAGUCUGCAAGUAUGCUUGCCACAAGAAAUGUGAAGCAAAGCCAGAUCACUCUGAUUCUUUUGUGAACCAUGUAACCAGAACAACUUCCAGCAGUUUUAUGAAAAGCUCAUCUUUCUGUUGUGAUAAGCUGUCUGAAAGUGCAGACUUUGAUCACAUUAUGGAGGAAGGUUAUGAACUUGACCUAACUUACAUCACUGAGCGAAUCAUUGCUGUAUCCUUCCCAGCCAGCUGCUCAGAGGAAACGUACCUUCACAACCUUCAGAAUGUAACUCGGAUGCUUAAAUCCAAACACGGGGACAACUACCUGGUUUUGAACCUGUCUGAGAAAAGAUAUGAUCUUGCAAAGCUUAACCCAAAGAUUAUGGAUGUGGGCUGGCCUGACCUUCAUGCCCCACCACUUAACAAGGUGUGCACCAUAUGCAAGGCCAUGGAAUCCUGGCUGAACAGUGACUCUCAGCGUGUGGCGGUGAUCCAUUGCCGAGGUGGAAAAGGAAGAAUAGGAGUAGUCAUAUCUUCAUAUAUGCACUUCACAAAUGUGUCUGCAAGUGCGGAUCAAGCCCUAGACAGAUUUGCUAUGAAGAAAUUCUUUGAUGAUAAAGUUUCUGCUCUAAUGCAACCAUCCCAGAAAAGAUAUGUGCAGUUUUUGAGUGGCCUUCUCUCUGGAUCUGUAAAAAUGAACACAACCCCUCUCUUCUUGCACUAUGUUAUCCUGCAUGGAAUCCCAAGCUUUGAUGCUGGUGGAGUUUGCCGACCCUUUUUGAAAUUGUACCAGGCCAUGCAACCAGUUUAUACAUCAGGAGUAUAUAGUGUGGGGCCCGAGAAUCAAAGCAAAAUCUGCAUUGCAAUUGAACCAGCUCAGCUGCUCAAAGGAGAUAUUAUGCUGAAGUGUUACCACAAAAAAUACCGAUCUGCCACCCGUGAUAUCAUUUUCCGCCUGCAGUUCCACACAGGUGCUGUUCAGGGACAUGGCCUGAUAUUCAGCAAAGGGGACUUGGAUAACGCGAGCACAGAUGAUCGUUUUCCUGAUUAUGGAAAGGUUGAAAUGGUGUUUUCAGGAUCCCCAGAGAAAAUCAAAAGAAGUGAACACCUGCAGAAUGACCAUGGGGUGAUAGUGGACUACAACACUUCUGAUCCAUUGAUUCGCUGGGAUUCUUAUGAAAACAUGAGUCCUGAUGGGGAAGUGUUGCACACCCAGGGCCCCAUUGAUGGCAGCCUGUAUGCUAAGGUGAGGAAGAAAAGCUCCUCUGAUACUAGCAUCCCCAGCGGAGCCCAAGGUGCUGUGACUAGUAGCCCAGACCACAGUGAUCAUACCCUGUCUGUUAGCAGUGACUCAGGACACUCUACUACUUCAAUAAGGACAGACAAGACUGAAGAGCGUCCCCCUGCAGGAACCAAGAGAGUCUUGAGCCUCCAAGAGAAGGAAGAGCUGGACCAGUUGCUUAGUGGCUUUGGCCUAGAGAACUCGAUCAGUCCACUCAAGGAUAUGACCGAUGCCCAAAGCAAGUACAGUGGGACUCGCCACAUAGUUCCAGCCCAAGUUCACGUGAAUGGAGAUGCCAAGCAUAAGGACAGGGAAACGGAUAUUCUGGAUGAUGAGAUGCCCAACCAUGAUCUACACAGUGUGGAUAGCAUUGGGACUUUGUCAUCUUCUGAAGGGCAGCAUUGCAACCACCUUGGGAACUUCAACUGCCAUAAGAGCAGUCAGAAUUCCCUCCUGUCGGAUGGCUUUGGGAGUAAUACUGGGGAGGAGCACCAUAGCACUCUGGCCCCAGAUCUAGGGAUUGGAGUCGACCCCAUGUAUGAGAGAUCUUUUGGAAGUACUGAGCCAAAGCAAUCUCAGCAACUUACAAGGAAUCCUCCUGUUUCCACCCAGGCUCAGCCCUACAGCCCCAGUAGCUAUUCAACCCAGACCUGGGUGCGCCAACAGCAAAUGGUCAUUGCUCACCAGUACAUCUAUUCUCCAGAGAAUGAAGUAAGGCUUGGUGUUCAGAGUCCAGUUGAGAACCUGCAGAGCCCAGCAAGAAUUCCAGAUACCCCCACCCGUGGAUCAAGCAGCAGAGAUGCUGUACAGAGGGGGCUGGGAAGUGUACCCCUUUCUAACAACAUUGCAGAAGCCCCGGGCCCUGAAGUUUUUAAAUCAAGAUUAGUCUCUGAGAAGGGUGCAAAUGAUCUUGAUCUGAGAUUGAAUCCAGGAAGCCAUGCAGGGGGCUUGCCGUCCUCCCCCACUCUGGAUAUUGAUCAGUCGAUUGAGCAGCUGAAUAGGUUAAUUUUGGAACUGGAUCCGACGUUUGAGCCUAUUCCUACCCGUAUCAAUGCCACCAGUGCUGGAGACACGAGUCAGCUGAAUGGCUUUGCCAGCCCUGAAAUAGACAUGGGAGGACAUGGAAUGAGCCCCAGAUUCCAUGGGAAAACGGAGGUCAUCGACAAAAAUCUGCCCCAGCAGGCUCCAGGUUCCCAGGAGGAUGGAGUACUGGGGGGACGGAGCAGAAAGUUCAGCCUUGGACAGUAUGACAAUGAUAUCCCAACUCAACCAUUGUAUACAAAGAGUGGAUGGAAAACACCUUCUGCCAUAGAGCAGCCUGAAAGUCCUGGUUUAGUAGUUCCUGGGAGAGAUACCAAAGAGAUGGGUGUUGCACACCACCAGGAAAGUCUUGAUGAAGCAGAUGGUAGUAUCUUCUCACCAACAAAAAAUGGAAAUGAAACAGUCCCAGCAACUCCAGCAUUUCCAGUUUCACCAGAGACUCCUUAUGUGAAAACUCCCCUGCAUUACCACCAACUGAGCCCAUCUAACCAUCAAAGCUGCAUCCCAUUGGAGAUGUUCAGAACUGCUCAUGAACCUCGAGGUUACAUGGAAGGCCUCAACCACUCCAUUGUGAUGUCUGACAGCCCCACAGGUCCAGAUUCGAAAUUGUUGCGGACUGACAUGCAGACAAAUCCUUCCUGCCAGAGGCCUUUUGCAGCUACUUGCACAGUUUCAAAUAAUAGCCCUGUUCCGAGAGGAGAAAGUCCUCAUUCAAGUGAACACACUUGGCAACAAAAUGGUUCUAAAUCCUCCUUCACACCCCAGUUUUCAAGAGUGAGCAACAGCAGACCUGCAGGAAGUUACCUCAUAUCUCCAGAGUUUUUUACUCCUGUCCAAGAUGGCUCACUCUUCCAGACCAAGGGACUCCAAGCUGGGUCAUUGAACAGCCAAGAUAAUGCAUCCACUGGGCAACAGCGGGAUCUUGCGGUGUCUACCAGUGUCCGUACUUGCUUUAAUUAUGGUGGGACCAACAGUAAUCAGCCACUGGAGGAGAAACCAGCUGCUUUAAUGGCAAAUGCAAAUGGAUCCCCCAAAACUAUAAGAUCACCAGUGGACAGCAGCUUUUUGCCACACAGCUUUCUUGCAUCAACUUCUGGACACAACAUCCAGAACAGUCCAAAUCAACAACAGGGAAUAAACAUGCACCCUCAACCCCCUCUUCCAGAGAAGAAGAGGACUUCAGAGGGAGAACGGUCUUUUGGCUCUGUCUCACCUUCGUCAAGUGGCUUCUCCAGCCCACAUAGUGGAAGCACAAUCAGCAUCCCAUUUCCGAAUGUUCUUCCAGAUUUUUCUAAAGUUCUCAGCACUUCCCCAUUGCCAGAAAAUGCAAGUGAUAAGCACGUGACAGUCAAGUUUGUCCAAGACACAUCCAAGUUCUGGUACAAACCGGAGAUUUCAAGAGAGCAAGCCAUUGCUGUUCUGAAGGACAAGGAACCCGGUUCUUUCAUCGUCCGUGACAGUCACUCUUUCAGGGGAGCCUACGGCCUGGCCAUGAAGGUUGCUAUACCCCCUCCUUCAGUGCUGCAGUUAAACAAGAAAGUUGGAGAUCUGUCCAAUGAACUUGUCAGGCACUUUCUGAUUGAGUGCACCCAUAAAGGAGUGAGGUUGAAAGGAUGUCCCAAUGAGCCAUAUUUCGGGAGUUUGACAGCUUUGGUGUAUCAACAUUCCAUCACUCCUCUGGCACUGCCCUGCAAGCUACUCAUCCCAGACCGAGAUCCACUGGAGGAGAUGUGUGAAACCUCCCCACAGACUGCUGCAAACUCUGCUGCAGAGCUUCUGAAGCAAGGAGCAGCAUGCAACGUUUGGUACCUAAAUUCUGUUGAAAUGGAGUCCCUCACAGGUUACCAGGCAGUGCAGAAGGCUCUGAGUUUAACACUGACUCAAGAGCCUCCUCCCAUCUCUACUGUGGUCCACUUCAAAGUGUCAGCACAGGGCAUCACACUGACGGACAAUCAGAGAAAGCUCUUCUUCAGAAGGCACUAUCCAGUCAAUACCGUUAUUUUCUGUGCUUUGGAUCCGCAGGACAGGAAGUGGAUGAAAGACGGUCCUUCAGCAAAGGUGUUUGGAUUUGUUGCAAGGAAGCAAGGCAGUGCCUCGGAUAAUGUGUGCCACCUGUUUGCAGAGCACGAUCCAGAGCAACCUGCCAGUGCCAUAGUUAAUUUUGUAUCAAAGGUCAUGAUUGGCUCCCAGAAGAAGAAUUGAAAGCCUUCAACUUAGUGCUGUGGACACACUUGCAGGAAAAGUGGCUGUGGUGGAACAUGUGAGGCAGGAGCCACACGGUCUGCACCUAGCUGUGCCCCAGAAAGACGUUCCAUCUGCAUAGCAAUACAGAGUGCCAUCCAUUCUUCAGUAUACAAACAGAUCAUUCAAAACGUUCAUGUUUGGAAUAAAACUGCAGAGAAAUGAAGAAGGGAGAUGGAAACUAUCAAGACACUAAAGUCCAUUUAUGAGCAUAUUUUGGAAGAAAGACUUCAAAGCAAGGCAGCUGAGACCUGAAAUACUUUUUCAUACAUUGCAGUCUUCUGAUUUUUAGCCAUGGGGUAGGGUGGGAAAGAGGCCAUUCACCCAUUCAUUCCAACAUGUUGCUUUUUUGUAUGAAAACCUUUCUAGAAGGGUGUAUGCUCUGAAGUCAGAACUGUGCAUUACAGGGGAAUCUCUAGGUUCCCAACCAUAAUGCAGGAGUUUGUGAGUGGGAUUUGCAAGGGAGAAUCAGCAUGCAGGAGGGGAGUGUGUAACACUCUGACCACUGUCCUCUGCAAACAACCUCUCUAGGCCAUGUUCAAUAAUCUUCCCUAUCUAGGUCCUGAAACCAAUUAAGCCGGUUAACUAGAGGUAAAACAUCAGUGGGGUGCAUUUCUAGGGAAUAAUCAGUUGGUAUUUGAAGGGUUAUAUUAAGUACCCCUCCUGUUUGCUUGUGUUUUCCCUUUAAAGUGCAUUAUUAGCAUUAUCUCAGCAACAUGGGUUUGAGAACACAUCAUUGAUGGCCCAAACAAGCAGGCUAGGACCAUUUGCUCUUUUCCCUUUUGUUUUUAUUCAGCAGUGAUGAAAAUUAAUCUUAAAAUGGAAAGGUGUAAGUUUGCAGAAGAUUGGUGCAGGUUCAUUUGGGAAGGUGCAGAGAGAUAGAGAUGCUUCAGGAGGUUUACUUAGUGCAUGUAAUGUAAAGAAGGCUGUUUAAUUUGUUGGAAGGUAAAUGAAAGGGGACUGGUUUAAAGAAAGGAAAAUGUGAUGUAAUGAAAGUUUGGCAUGUUAUUUUUAUGUUGCUUGUUUAUAUGAAGAAUUAAGCCAGGAAGGUAAUGUUUGGAUGACUGCAGGAUAAAAAUGAGGGGGAAGCACACAAAAGAAUGGUUUUGUAUAAUUUAUAAAUAUAUAUAUAUAUAUCCUUUUGCCAGAUUAUUUAUAGUGUAAAGCAAAUCUCAGUCUGUUGUAUAGAUGUACUUCUGGGCAUAUUUGAGUGUUGAGAGCAUCAUGCAAGCACCAUUCAUGUUGACAGACCUUGUGCAGAAGACACAAGCCUUGUUGACCUGAAGAGAGGCUCUGCUGUUGCUGCUUCUGUUGCUGCAAUAGCACUUGGGGGACUGCUUCUUACAUACACGGCUUUGCACGGAUAUGUAGGCAGUCUUGCUUGUAUUUGCUGCAACAAGGAGCAUUUCAUAGUCUGGCUUUAAAAGCAUCUGGAUUCUUCUUACAGUAAAAGACAUCAUUUUCUACUUUUUAAAAUAAUGGCAGUACUUGAUAAUUAUAUGUUGAAACCCAAUUUGUAUGGAAGUUUUAAAAACUGAUUUAUUUUUUAAAAUCUGGAGUUUAAAAAAUAUAAGGGGGAAAACUAUAUAUUUGGUGCACUUCUCCCAUAUUUUGAGUAUGGUUAUAUCCUGAUUUAACAAUAUGACAUUUCAUGUGACCAAACAAUCCAGUGCAGAGUAUUGCUAUGUUUAUGAAGGCUUUUAAAUGUUUUAUCAUUGACUUUUUAACAGCAUUUGUAACGAUUGCUUGCUUGUGAUAAUUCUUGAGGCCCCUUCAAACCCAGUGGCAUGGUGAGCCACUUCCCCAUGGGGUAAUCUUGUUCUCUGGAGAUAGUGUGUGAAUGAUACAGUCAUGUAGAUCUUUCUACCAUUUGAUUGGCACUUCAUGCCAUUUUGUGUGAGUGACCAAAGAAGGUGUCAGCAGAAGCACAGUUAGAAUACCAUAGCAGCAUUCUCAUUGGCACUACAGGAAGCAGAAAUUUAAAGAAUUGAAUUAGCAGCGUGUGAGGAAAAUUUGUAUAUCAGUGAUGCAAGCUCCAAAUUAAUACAUCAAAAGGCCUGAUGAGGCCCAUGUUGUUUAUGUAUAUGUGGUUUUAUCAGACAUUGGCUGAUGUGAUACUAAGUCAAGCAUUGAAAUGCUCCCUAUUGAACCGUAUUCAGAUUGAAUAAGAGGAGGUGCUGGGAUUCUAUAAUGAGAACCACUGUUAUCUUCUACCACUCCCGCUCACUGCUAUAUAAAACAGGAAUUUCAGAAAUUGCAUACACAGAACAAUUAUUGCCCCGGCUGUAACCUUUGAAAACAAUUUCUAUGGUUUAGGCAAUAGUAGAGCAGAAAUGGGAAAAGAUUAUCUUGGACCAGAGAUCAUACUAUUAAUAAUGAUCACUUUUGUAGAUAAGCUGAGCAUGGAAAGCAUAGCUACCAGUGAAGCAACCAAGGCAAAUGCCUUGCUGUAUCAAUGUAUUACCAGAAAGGUUUGUGUUAUGAAGCAAUCGUGUAUUGCCCUUGAUGGCAGUUAGUUGCCUUAGGUCAAAUGGCCUUAGUCUGAGUUCCAGUUGUUCCUCAGGACCAGUAAAAGUGGAGGAACAUAAACCAACAGACAGCUAGUUUACUGAAUAUUUGGGUACUUUCCAUUUCAAUUUGUCCUCCUGUGUCCAUUCCAGUCCUGUUGUAUUAUUUAGCACCCACAGAGAAUCUGACUUCCAGUUUUAGCCUGCUUUCCAGUAGGCUUAUGAGAUCAGCCAGCAUUUUGUGUAUGUGUGUCCAUGUGUCCCCUCCCCCAUCAACUUCGCAAUGCCUGGACCGAUAUGAACCAAAUCGGGUACAGUUGUAGGGACCCAUAGGGACACCUCAAUGGCGUAGUUUGUGAUGAUGUUAUCCACCAAAUUUGCUACAGCUGUAGGGACACAUAGGGAUGCCCAAAUGGUGUGGUGUGUGUGAUUAUGUCAUCCACUCCAAUUCAAGACGGCAGCCUCUUGAACAUCUGAGGUGCAAGUGGGCUAAUUUGUGGACCACCUAACCUAUUUGAACCAAAUUGGGUACAGCUGCAGUGAGCAACACACAAGGACACCUCAAUGGCAUAGUUUGUGAUCCACCCCAAUCCAAGAUGUCAGACGUGUAAACUUUAGAGGCGCAAAUGGGCUAACUUGUGAACCACCUAACCAAUUUGAACCAAAUUUGCUACAGCUCUAGAGACACAUAGGGACACCUCGCUGGCGCAGUUUGUGAUGAUGUCAUCUACCCCAAUCCAAGAUGGUGGACACAUGAAUGUUUGAGGCGCAAGUGGGCUAACUUGUGGGCUGUCUAACUUGUUUACAUGUUUUAUCUGCAAGACAAAUGCUGGUUUUGAUGGAGCUUGGGGGUUGAGCUCUAGUCAAGGAGACCACUUGAAAGGCCUUGGCUAAAGAGCAGCAAGCUUAUGCUACUUAACUUGUCUUUUUGCCCUCAUAAAAGCCUACUAAAUAGUUCAUUUGAUUUUUUUAGAAGCACAGUGAAACUAGCUCUGGAGUGAGAUGGGGGACUUGGAAACUUCCGUGUUGAGUAAUGGCUAGAAAUGGUAACUGAGGGAGCCUCUCUAGCCUGCAUUGCACCACAAGUUCUGUUUUUGUAAAUGAAACACACACGAAAUAAUUAAGCACAUUACAUAUAGUAGCAUCAUAUAUACAUUCAUAUGACAGGGUUAUGGAAAUUACAGGUCUAAAUAGUGCAAAGAGCACUUUUCCCUUCCAAGAUAUUAAUAAUUGUAUGUAUUCAGUCUCACGAGUAAUGCCAGCAAGUUGCCACAUAUUUAGUCAAGCUCCUAUUAACCUCCUUGUUCAAUGUACUACUGUAAUUCUACAGUAUUAAAGAGAGGCUAUAAGCCACAGGUGCCUUCUACCAGGCAUGGCAGCUGCACAGCCUCCCAUUUCUUUUGGUGGAACUUGUGCAGGACCCAUUUGCAAGCCAUGCCCCCUGGAUUGCACCACAUGUUUUUAUAAUGGAGUUUUUCUUGUUUAUUCAACAGUAUCAAAAUUGUUUAAGUUUCUUUAUUGGCCUUCUAUAUUAGUGUUUUGUGUUUUUUUGUUUUUGCUUUUCUCUCAAAUUUGUAUAGAAAUUUUCCAAUAUGUAAAUGAAUGUUCUAUAAAUUCUUUGUAUAGUCAUUUUCUCUGCUCUUUGAAAUAUCACCUCUAUUCAGAUUCUAAUAAAAAUUAAGAAUUUUAUAUAUCUAUUCCCACAAA